AUCUCUCGAUCUUCCCCAACUCCCCAGCCUCCUUCAUUCUCUUCUCAUCCUCGUUUACAAACUCCUCUCAUCUCUCAUACAUCUCUUUAUCCAGUUUCGUGAAUAACCCUUUGUCUUCUCACGCCCGCAACCAUGAGUAACGCAAAAGUCAUCGUUGUAGGUGGCGGGCUAUCAGGUCUGUCAGCUGCUCACACGGUUCUCGAAAGAGGUGGUAAUGUCAUCUUGAUCGACAAGAACAGCUUCAUGGGUGGGAAUUCGACCAAAGCUACAUCGGGUAUCAAUGGUGCUGGUACUCAAGCUCAAGCGGACCUAGGAAUCCCCGAUACUGCUGCUAAAUUCUUUGCCGACACCAAGAAAUCUGCCAGAGAUUUGGCUAGAGACGAUCUCAUUCAGGUUUUGACCCAUCGAUCAGGUGAUGCGGUCAAUUGGCUCGUGGAGAAAUUCAACCUUGACCUUUCCAAGGUCUCCAGACUUGGUGGUCAUAGUGAAAAGAGAACUCAUAGAGGCGGUGCGCAGUUCCCAGGGAUGACGAUUACCUAUGCCCUGAUGGAGAAACUUGAAGACCUCGCCGAGAGCUCUCCCGAUAGGGUUAAGAUCUUGAAGAAAGCAAAGGUCUCACAGUGUCUUAAGGAGAAUGGCAAGACCAUCGGCGUGGAGUAUGAAAAGGACGGCAAGAAGUACACUGAGCAUGGGACAGUUAUCCUCGCAACUGGCGGCUAUGCUGCCGAUUUCACCGCAGACUCUUUACUCAAGAAACAUCGUCCCGAGUACUACGACUUGCCUACGACCAACGGCGACCACUGUACCGGUGACGGUCACAAGAUGGCUAUGCAGAUUGGCGCCAAGGGUAUCGACCUUGAAAAGGUCCAGGUCCAUCCCACCGGUUUAGUCGACCCCAAAGAUCCCAAUGCCAAGGUCAAAUUCCUUGCUGCUGAGGCAUUACGUGGUGUAGGAGGUCUUCUGAUCGAUGCCACGGGCAAUCGCUUUGUCGAUGAGCUCCAACACCGGGACUAUGUCACGAACAAGAUGUGGGAAAACAACAAAUUCCCAGUCAGACUUGUGCUCAACAGUACCUCGAGCAAGGAAAUCGAAUGGCAUUGCAAGCACUAUGUCGGUCGUGGGUUGAUGAAGCGUUUCAACUCUGGUGACGAGUUGGCCAAGGAGAUCGGAUGUAAACCAGAGGUGCUCAGAGCGACAUUUGACAAUCACAACCGUUACGCCAAGAACCCUGGGACGGAUCCGUUCGGCAAGAAGUUCUUCCAAGGAGGCGACUUCAAGAUGGAUGACGUCUAUCACGUGGCUUUGAUGACACCCGUUCUGCAUUACACCAUGGGAGGGUUGGAGAUCGGUACCGAUGCUGCCGUGCAUGAUACCAAUAGCAAGCCCAUUCCUGGGCUGUUUGCAUGCGGUGAACUCGCCGGUGGUGUUCACGGUGCCAAUCGUCUUGGUGGUAGUUCUCUCUUAGGAUGUGUUGUCUUCGGCCGUGUCGCCGGUGAUUCCGCUUCGUCAUACAUGUUGUCCCAGUUGUCCAACGAGCGUGCCGCCAAUCGACUCAAUACCAUUGCUUCUCAUCUUCUCGAGACUCGUAUCCGCGUCGACCCUUCGUCGCGCAAUGUCAACCUUCAAUUCUCAUGGGCAGACGCUCAACCUGCCAACGGAGGGCAAGGUUCAGAUUCGUACUCUGCCGAUUCGUCGAGCCAAUCUGGAAAUGUACCUGCUGAGAGUGGACCCGCAAAGAAAGGGGACCGAACUUUGGCCCAGGUCGAACAGGAAAAGUUGCCAGAGCCCAAGGCGAAGAAAGAGGGAAAGACGAAAGGUGAAUAUACGAUGGAAGAAGUGGGCAAACAUAAUAAGGAUACCGAUUGUUGGGUCGUGAUUGGCGGUGAAGUUUUGGACGUGACCAACUUCCUCAACGAUCAUCCCGGAGGAGCCAAAGCUAUCCUACUCUAUGCAGGUAGGGAUGCUACCGAAGAGUUCAACAUGAUUCACCCACCUAAUGCCAUUUCCAAGUACGCUCCUGACACUGUCAUUGGCAAAGUCAAGGUUUGAAAGAAUUUCCAUCCGUUUGUACUCCUCUAGCAUCGUAUCAUGUACCAUGCCAACUUGACGUCCUUGUUCAUCAGCCCAUGUACUUUUACUACUUUUCUUCGAUUCAUGCAUGUUGUGAUUGUGUUUUU